AUGUAUCUGCUGCAGAGACAGACAAACUCCACACACCUGUUCAGGCUGCCACAUGGGAAGGAUGUGUUUGAAGCUUCGCUGCUGUUUCCCCCGCAGAUUCUGCAAAGCAGAAGAUUUACCAGAGCGUCCAGGCAGUCGGACCAGUCCCAACUCUAACACCAUGCCGGCCGAGACAGUCACAGACGGACACAGGCUCAUCUCUCUCCCGGAUGGAAGAUGGUUUCCCUUCGGGAGGGGCGUCAGAGCUCAGGUCGUUGCCCAAAACCCUUCCAUGACUGAUGGACAGAGCUCACCCGGUCAUAAGACGCCCCAAAUCGCGCCCCUCACUUUUGAGCAGAGACUUGAGGCCCAACUCUUUUAUGAGGCCGGUGCGCUGCUGAUAGAGAGAGAGGAGCGUCUGUUUGGGGAGAUAAACGAGGCAGAGACGCUUAAACAUCACGAGGAAGAAGUAAACAAGCUUGCUGAAGACCACCAGGCCCUAAAAGGACUUGUACUACAGAAUCUAUCUCUCAGCCUGCGGGAGGUCAAUUUGGAGGCUCUGACGUCUGCGGUGAAGGCCGUGAACCAGGAGGAGGACCAGGACCAACGGUGGACUCAGAGGUCUCGGACCCCUCCAGACUGGAGGCCCGGUGAAUGGCGGAAACUCCACGACUCCACGCUUCGCAGCCAGGUGGAGGAGCGCUUAGAAAACCCUGCGACGCCCCUUGCUGACCAGGGGAACAUGUCUGCUAUCCAGGCGAACAUCUGCAGCAUGGGCCGGCAACUGAAGGAAGACCUUCUGUCUGUGGUGGACGGGGUCAAGGGUUGCUACCCCCCCGAGUGGAACAUCAGUCAUUUUUACGCCAGCUUGUACCACCAAGCCUUCAGCACCAGACUCAGGACGAUCGCAGACUUUGGUCUGGGGGACAAGGACUGCACUGUCCUCCUGCGCUGGGUCAACGAGUUUUACCCACAACUCCUUCAAAAGCCGGAGCUGGCCAGUGAAAUUGAUGUCGAAGCGCUGGGAAAACUGCUGCCUGACGACUUGUUGAAAAACCUGGAGGAGCAAUACCUGACCAAACAGCAGGAUGAUCUGACGACGUACAUCAAGCGCAUCCUUGAGGACGAGCGGCAGAAGUGGAACAGGGGAGAGGAGCCGACGAGACGGGACGGCUGCUUCGUCAGCACCGGGGCCUACGACAUCAUCCAGGUUAUAAAUGGAACGGUGACAUCGGCGGAAAUAGUUGUGGGAGAUCUGCACAAGGCCCAGAGCAUAACGUGCCAACUGACAGAUUUAAUGCAGAGGUACAACAGCUUCCAAAAAGACGUCAUAAGGCAAAACAAAGCAAACAGCCGGCCGAUUAUCAAGGCGCACCUCGACGGUGUUGAGCAGUUCAGGGACGUCCUCAAUAAGAAAAAACAGCUGUUCACAGAGGAUGUGCGGGAAAGUUUGCUGCAUGUUCUGACUGACAUGACACAAUCUGCCCACUCAUAUUUAUUAAAACCUGUGCACGAUGUCCUCAAGCCACAGUACCGCAUGCUGGGAACCAACAAAUGGCUGGAGAAGGCCGUGUUUGAGAAGCUGCUGGACAGCAUUGAAAACGAGAUUCAGGAUCUUCGUGGUUCCCGUGAAGCCUGUCACCAGAAACUGAUUGGCCAGCUGCACCAGGAAGUCGCCCAAGAAUAUGUGAAGCGGCUCCUGAAACGAAACGUCAAACUGAAGGACAAGGAGCAGCAGCUGAAGGCCUACGGGGUCGUGAAGAACAACGCGGAGAGUUUGCACCAUUUGUUCGCCCAAAUGGGAUCAGCGGUGGAUUGGUGUACGGAAAUCCUGACUACGAUUGCAGAAGUGCUGAAAUUCCAAGACGUCCCCACCAUACAGAUGCAAAUUGCAUCACUGGGAAGGGCUUAUCCUGACCUCAGUGAGAAACAUGUGUCGGCUCUGCUCAAGCUCAAGACCAACCUCACCAGAGCCGACAGGAAAAUGGUCAAAGAGACUUUGUUGGACACUCUGGGGGAGACGGAAAGACCCGACUAUUCUCGUCCCUUUUUCUCCGGAGUUCAGGUCAAAUGAAUUGAAACAGUUCUCCUCGUUUUAAAGCUGACUGAAAUAUAGUAUUGUGUAUUGUAGCGUUUGUGUGGAUGAAUGCAUGGUAAGUUGGACACUGCUUGUUACAGAUAUCACAUACGCUGGAAAGAAUAUUGUCUGCAGACUGUAAAAAGAUGAAAUGAGUGUUUUAGUAAUGCAUAGGCUACACAUUGGUGCUGGUAAAUAGGGUGGAUUUAACUGCUGAGAAACAUGUGUGUGUGA